CUUUCUACAAAGGGAAGGAAUAAAACACAAGUGAAACUAAAGCUGCGCAACUAAACUUCGAACAGUAGCUCUAUACUUGCAUUUUCAUCGUCUUGUGAUCAGAUCACAGGUGUGACCAUCGAGAUUACGGAUGGCGACUGGGCCUGAACCAGGAAUUGAGAUGUCAGCGAUCAGCUCCAGUCCAGAUGAUCCAGUGAUCCGGAUUCUUCUGAUGGGCAGUAAGGGUUCUGGGAAAAGCUCAUCUGGAAACACCAUACUGGGAGAAAAGAAGUUUAAAGUGCACAUACAGCAAAAAAAACAUGAAGCUGAAAAUAGGUUUGGUGAAGUGUGUGAAGGUAAAACACAGAUGGGAGAGCAGCAGCUCGCUGUGAUUGAUUGUCCAGAUCUAAUGGAUCCAAGUCUAAAUAAAGAGAAGCUGGAGAAACUGAAAGAGGAUCUGGUUGAACAGUGUUCAGCAGGUCUCAGUGCAGUUCUGCUCACUGUUCCUCUACAGGAACCUGUGCAAAAUGAGGAAGAGAUCCUGGACUUCAUUAAAGGUUUAUUUGGUCCUGAAGUUCAGAAGUACAUCAUGAUUCUGUUCACACAUGAAGAUGUUCUGGAAGAACUGGAUGAAUCACAGAGCAUUGGUCAAUAUGUACAAAACAAUGACAAUGCGGAUCACCAGCAACUGGUGUCAGAAUGUGGAGGAAAGUUUCACUGUUUCAAUAACAAGUCUGAAAAAAAAAAAAGGCAAGCACAAGAAUUACUGCAGAAGAUCGAAGGAAUGAUAGAGGACAAUAUGGGGAAAUUUAUUAUGGCAAAAAUGAAGAGGAGUGACAUCAAAUACAGUCCUGGUGUCAAUUUUUCAGCUGAAGAUCCAGCUAAGAUUGAUGUGAUUCCUGAGAGGAAAGAGCAGAUCAGGCUGGUUCUGCUGGGAAAAACUGGAUGUGGGAAAAGUGCCACUGGAAACACAUUAAUCGGGAGAAAUGAGUUCAAAUCUUCAGCCGGUUCAAGCUCUCAGACGAGACAGUGCAAGUCAGAAACUAUAGUGAGGGAUGGUAAAGAAAUCUCAGUGAUUGACACUCCUGGACUUUAUGAUACUGAACUCACUGAGGAGGAGGUUAUUAUUGAAGUAAGGAAAUGCAUAAAAUAUGCCUUUCCUGGACCACAUGCUUUCCUUAUUGUGAUUAAAGUGGGUCGAUUCACUAAUGAGGAGAAAAAUACAAUAAAGAUACUCAUAAAUGUAUUUGGAGAAGAGAUACUAAAAUACACCAUGAUCAUCUUUACUCACAAAGACCAGCUGGAGAAAAAAAAGCAAACUAGUGAAAAGUUUUUACAGGACUGUGAUCAAAAUACUAUAAAACUCAUACGCCAAUGUGGAAACAGAUUCUUCUGUUUGGACAACAAGUCUGACCAUUUCCCACAGUUCAAAGAUCUGAUCAGUAAAAUAGAGAAGAUGGUGGCAGAAAAUGGAGGGACACACUUUAAACAUGAUAUGUUUGAGAGACCAGAGAAAUACAUUCAGAAGCUUCAGAAAAUUCAGAUGAUUCAGAAGAAACUGCGUCAUCCACACAAAGAGAAGCAUAAAGAGGCCACUCAAACAGAAUUGGAAGAAACUGGUUCAUUAAAGCAGUCUGCGAAGAAAAAAAAUACAACUGAGAAUGAAGGUUGUUGUGUAAUUAUGUGAUUCACAAUUGACAAGCUCAUAUAUGAAAUAGACUUACAAAUUGAGUAAAUUUUCUUUUUCGACCUCCUUUGUUUAUAGAAGUUUCUCACAUGACAAUACAGUAAGAGCUUCAUUGUGCAGUGUAACAGCAUCAUUCAUUAUAAUUGGGGUUUUGGCAAGUGUCCAGAUAAACUCAUGCUGUUUGAUUAAUAGCUUCAGCCAUUAU